UGGAGGCGAUUCUUCGGUGGCUGUGUGUGCGCCCAAGUUCCCCCAGUAGAGGCUAAGCCGGAGGCAAACGGGCACACAAAUAGGACAGUGAACCUGAGCCCGCAGGAGUUGGGGCGGAGGGGGGGUGUUGAGUGGAGGGUGAGCCAACGAGAAUAAAAACCGAGCGUGGGGCAAUCUAUGCCGGGCGCCCUCUUCCUGCGCCCGGGUGGAGGCCGGCAGAGGAGAUCCCCUACGGAUGAACCGUGGACCGGGCUGCUAAAGACGAAGAAGAGGCGGAGGAAGGAGGAGCCGCCGGUGAAGGCUAGAUCUCAGCCUGCCAGCCAGCGAGCGCCAGGGCCGGUGGGGGGAAGUGACACGCUGCCGACUGCAGCAGUGUCAGCUUGAGCCGCGAGCGCCCUGGCCCCGGGGGAGGACCACCCAGGAGGGCUGAGGACCCUCGGGGCUCCGGGAGGCAGCGAACUGGACCGCAGCGCCUGCUUCCCCGCCCCCUCCCCAGGCCAGCCAGGUCCUCGCACCAGCGAACAAGGGGACGAAGCGAGACACCCGAGUAGGACAGCGGCUGAGAGCCACGGGAGACGAGACGGGGAGAGUCAGAUCACUGAGGGAGGAGGAGUGUUGCCUGAGUCCACCAGCCCUAGGGGGGGAAGAGAGCGAGUUGAAAAGCGAUCAACAACGUGGUGCAAUGUAGGAAACUGUUAGAUCCCCGCUCCGAAGAUCGGAAAUAGCUUUUUUUUUCGUGAGGUGGUGCUUUCUUUCACCCCCCCCACCCCUCCCUCUCCUGCUUAAAGAAAACCAGGGCCACCAAAGAGUGAAAGCCACUUGGGAACUACUGCUGCUCUUCUUCGGAGUUUAUUUCUUGGGAUAUUUAUUGCAGGCUUGGGAACAACCCUAAGCCCAUCUCUUUGGGCUUCGGGAAGCCUCAAAUCAUCGCUAAACUGGAGGUGUCUUGUUUUUCUUUCCUGGUUUAACAGAAACUGCUAUUUAAUUUAUUACUGUCACUGUGUGUGUGUGUGUGUGUGUGUGUGUGUGUGUGUGAGAGAGAGAGAGAGAGAGAGAGAGAGAGAGAGAGAGAGAGCAAGCGAGAGAGAGAGCGAGAGAGAGCGUGUGUAAAGAGAAAAGGGGCAGGAAGUAGAUUUUCUGCAGAAAGGGUGGCAGCAGCGUGGACGGUACAUAGUCUUCCUUAUUUAUGUGUCUGUCAGCAUUCUCCUUCAUCCAAAGAAUCAAGGGAAAGUAUCCAACCUGUGUUUCCCGGUGAGUGAAGCACAAGGAAGGACUGGAGAUAUCAAAGCAUCAUGAUUAUUUAUUGAACUUCAAACUUAAAAAAAAAACCCAAAGAAUAUCUGAGAUUUCACCCACUGUUCAAGGAAGAAGAGAGGCCCCACUGCUCCUGAAAUGUAGCAAAAUCCUUAUUUAUAAACGGGCUAAAGACACUGAUAUGAAAAGGCCCCUCUACUCGAAUUUUCUAUCCUAUGGAUAUCAGUCUUGAGAUUUCGAAAUAGGAAGAUCUGUACUGGAUCUAGCAGCAACUAUCAUUUCAAUGCCUAGUCUUCCCUGGGACUGUUGGCAUUUCCUAGAAAUUAAACUGGUACUGUAUGCCAUGGGCUGUAUUCAGAGCAUCAGCAGCAAAUCCAAAAUUUUCCGAGAAAGUAUUUCGGUGAUUGAUGUGAAAGCCUCUAUUGACCCCAUCCCCACCAGCAUCGAUGAGUCGUCCAGCGUGGUUCUCCGCUACCGGACACCACACUUCCGAGCCUCAGCCCAGGUGGUCGUUCCGCCUAUACCUAAGAAGGAGACUUGGAUUGUUGGCUGGAUUCAAGCGUGCAGCCACAUGGAGUUUUACAACCACUAUGGGGAGCAGGGCAUGUCUAGCUGGGAGCUCCCAGACCUUCAGACAGGGAAGAUCCAGGCCAUCAGUGACUCAGAUGGGGUGAACUACCCUUGGUACGGUAACACCACAGAGACCUGCACCAUUGUGGGCCCCACCAAAAGAGACUCCAAGUUUAUCAUCAGCAUGAAUGACAAUUUCUAUCCCAGUGUCACGUGGGCAGUGCCGGUCAGUGAGAGUAACGUGGCCAAACUGACCAGCAUCUACCGAGAUCAGAGUUUUACCACCUGGCUGGUGGCCACCAACACGGCAACCAACGACAUGGUCAUUCUCCAGACACUCCACUGGAGGAUGCAACUGAACAUCGAGGUGAAUCCCAACAGGCCCUUGGGACAACGUGCCAAGCUCCGGGAGCCAACUGCCCAAGAGCAGCCCCAGAUCCUGAGUAAGAAUGAGCCAAUACCACCCAGUGCCCUCGUCAAACCGAAUGCCAAUGAUGCUCAAGUCCUCAUGUGGAGGCCGAAGGAUGGGCAGCCUCUUGUGGUGAUACCUCCCAAGCACCGGUAAUGAGCAAGGGUCCUGGCACCAAAUGGGAGGAGAACACACUCUGAUCUGCUAGUUUAAGACAAACAAAUAAUAAUAAUAAUGAUCAAAACAAAGUCAAAAUGCACUUUUUAGUCAUUCAACAAAAAUGCAACCAUUCUACCUUCUCCAGUGGGACGGAUUUCACUGUGCUAAAGUUCCAGGGAAGACCUCACCUGGGGUUUCCUCAUCACCUGCUUUCUAAGGAGCAGGAGAAGGGCGGUGGGGAGAGGAGGAACAAAGCAAAAACACAUAAUCCCUUUUCAUUUUCACUUUCAGCCUUUGGUUUUCCCCUCUCUUUUCCCUUCUCUGCUUUGAUCUGAGUUUCAGUUACUCGCUCGAAACAGACUUGAUGAAACAAAAAACUUUUGAGUUUUUCUUUUUCUUUUUUCCCUCUUUUCUCUUCGAGAUUCAGGGGGAGGGAAUGGGAGGGGAUUCACCUCAUCAGUGAAACCCAAGAUCUUGGAGCAAUCCAACUGACCCUCAUUUUACUAGUGACCUAUUUUUUUUUCAAUUGAUAAAGGUUUGCAACCUCCUCCCCCUACCCCAAUCAUGCGGCCUUAUAUAGAUUUUGCUUUGCCAAAAUUUUGCCUUAAGCUGUGCUGGGGGUGGGGGGUGGGGGUGGGGAGGGAUGGACAGAAGAGCAGAAUCUCUUUCCUGCUGUAGUUUAACAAGUGAAUUAAGGGUGAAAGAAAAGGGAAGGUGACUCAAAUCCAUCUCUUCUUGGGAUCCAAAGAGGAGGCAAAGAAAAAAGCCCAGACCUAACGCCAAACUGCUUUUUAUCCCCUUUCCCCAUCUUGGCUUUUAAGAGGUCCUUCUCAUCCUCUCCUUCCCUCCUUCCCCCUGCCCCGAGCAAACUUCCCUCCCAUCUUGGUCCCAUGCAGAGGCUCUGGCCCCGCUGAAUGGCGAGUGCCUACUCUGCUGUGGCCUCUCUCUGCUUUCUGUUCUCUUCUCUACAGCAUCAGCUCAGGGGAAGGUUUAAAUGGUGGGGAGGAAGAAGUCAAGAGACCAUGUGUGGAGGAAGCCAUCAUUCCAGACCACCAACUUGGUCUUCAGCUAGUUGGAAGGUGCCCACACCCUCUGAGCAUCCACCAUGCCCAUGCAAUCAGCUAAUAUCAUGUAGACCCUAAGGGGGGAGGUGGGCUUUCUCUGCUGGUCUGUACCACUUCUAAGUUUCUAGAACACCAGCUACCACCACCAAUAAUACACAAUCAUUUUUAUUUGUGAAAGGCAAAAAAAAAAAAAG